AUGACAAACCAAUCUACUUAUCAAUUUCAAAAUAUCAAUUUUGAUGAACAGAUGUUUGGUCAAUCUGGAGAGUUUGACAUUUCAAGGGUUUUCUCUACUAUGGAUUCUCCUAAUCCUGUAUCUGUAACGGAUUCUACUGCUUCUUCCGGUACUAUUGUUGCCACAGAUGGGCCUAUCGACCAAGCCCAAUUUAAUGACCCGUUUACUUUGUUGGGAACUCAAAACAAUUUUGAACAGCUCAUGGCUCCGGCUCAACCUGAGUCUGAAAAGACCACUCCAGGCGAAUCUCCUGAUCCCAUCUACAUCUCGCCUAUAAUGUCAGUGUCUUCUUCUCCCCAGCAAGUUGGACCAACAGAUCCCUUAAAAGAAAUCUAUACUGAAAUCCAUCAGAAUAUUUCACAUAAUCAGGAGCCAACUGAAGAACCUCAACAGAUUCAACAACCUAUUGCUGUUAUUGAUAAUAUCCCUUUUAAUGAUAUUAAUUUUUUCCAACCUUUUGGCUCUACUUCUGCUGACUUUUCUGAUAACUUACAAACAGAACUUCCUGAUGAUUUUCUCCAAAAUUUCUAUUUACCCAAUAAUUCAGAAAUGCUGAAUUUCCCUAUUCUAGAAGAAUUCACAAUUCCUUUGGUCAAUAACCAGACCCUGGAUUCUACUACUAUUGUAGAACCCAUAGAUCAGUCUACAGCGGUUUCCUACAUCUCUGAAACUACUCCCGUAGCUCAGCCCAUGGUUCCUAUUACUUUCCCAGAACCACAACCCGUUGCUGAACUUAUUGUUGAGUCACCUACUCAACUCAUUACUCAGGAAAUAUUUGAAAAUACAAUGUCAGAACAGGAAACCUCUCUUACUGAAAACAAUGUCAUCCCUGUGUCCACCACCCCCACUAGUGUUGUAGCUCAAAUGUUUCCACAAAAACAAGUUGAUUUUAGCUUUUCCUCUUUUACUCAAAAUUUCAUUCCUAUUUGCACCCUGGAAACCUCCACUUACAAUUUUAACUUCUCUCGGUUCACCACAUUUUCCAACUUUGAAAGAGAACUGAAAAGAAGUAUUAGAAGACCAGGCGAAUCUGCAAAGGAGUUUGAUAUAAAGCUCAAGAAAUUCGUCACAGACCAACUUCAGGUCUUUAGUUACCACCAUUCUUACCUGGUUCUAAAUAGCCCGGCCCAUAAGAAACUUUGUGAUGAAAUUGAUUCCUUUAUUGGAAAGUCACUUCCAACUAAAAUUAUUAACUUGCAAAACAAGUUGAAAGAAAGAGUAGCCAAGUCAAGGACUUACAAAGCCAAGCUUGAGUGGGCAUUGAAGUGGAUAUUUUACUUGGAGCGUCUAAACUCUAUUUGCCAUAGAGAACGUAAGCAAGGAUUGUUUGGGCCUUCUUAUAUUACUGCUUAUAAAACCAUCAACCAACUUUUUGUGGAGGUUGAUAAAGAAAUUUUUAUCAAAACAAAUGAGAUGGAGGAGGUCACAAGAACUUUUGAUUAUUACAAAUUAGUAGUAGCUGUAGCGUAA